AUGGUGACCGCCACCGACCCCGCCUUCUCCGAGAAGCCCCUACACGACCUCGAGGUCAAGGAUGACUUUGAGCAUCGGGAAAUGACAGCCCGUGGCACUGCCGAGUCGACGCCAGACACGCCAGACACCGCCUCUGCCGACCUCGAAUACAAGGACGAGGACGAACAGCCAGUCCUCCACCAUCGCACCUACAUUGCGCUUGCUGCGCUUUUCCUGCUCAACUUUACGCAGGUCAUUGCACUCAAUGGACCCCCCGCCGUGCUCACAUACCUCGCCGCGGACGUCAACGGUGCGGCGCACUCGUCGUGGAUCCCCAAUGCGUUAUCUCUUGUCCAGGCUGUCGGAGGACCGGUCAUUUCCUUUGCUUCCGACACGUUCCAGGCUCGCAAGACACUCUUGGUGGCAACAUGCACUGUUUCUUUCAUUGGAUCCGCCAUUGCCCCAGGAUCGAAAGACAUCUACCGCGUUAUCGUGGCUCAGAUCCUCAUCGGUGUUGGCUUUGCAGCGGCUCCCUUGGCGUAUGCCAUCCCUUCGGAGAUUUUGCCACGCAAAUGGCGACCUCUUGCCCAGUCGCUCAUCAACGUUGCUGCCGGCUUCGGCACCGCUGUGGCACCUCUGAUUUCAGGCGGCCUCACCAGGAAGUCCGCCCACAGCGGCUGGCGCAACUUUUAUUGGAUCCAGAUGGCAAUGUGGGGUGUAACCGUACUCGGCCUUAUCUUUGGGUAUCGGCCACCCAAGCGCCACACGGCACUGGACCACCUGUCAUUGGGGCAGAAGAUUGGUCGUCUGGAUUUGCCGGGAAUGGGACUUCUCAGUGCCGGCUUGACCUUGCUGUUGGUUGCGCUCUCGCUCGGUAACAACCCAUGGCCAUGGACAAGCGCUAGGGUGCUUUCCACCCUUAUUCUCGGCAUCGUCUUCUUGGCCGCGUUCGGCCUGUACGAAUGGAAGGGCACAAAGACUGGCAUUCUGCACCACGAGCUCUUUGCUAUGCGGACUUUCCAUCUGUGCAUCCUUGUCAUGUUCUGUGAAGGUAUCAUGGUGUUUGCCUUGAUUUUGUUCUACCCGGCUUUGACCGUGACUCUCUUCGAAAGCGACCCUCUGCUUGCAGGUGUGCGCCAAAUGCCUGUUUGGGUGUGCGGUGGUGCUACGACCGUACUGUACGGCGUGUGGAGCUCCAAGCGUCGCACAAUCAGAGCUCCUCUCAUGGUUGGCUUCGCCAUCUUCACUGCAGGAAUCGCUGCCUUGGCCACGAUCCAGCCUAAAGACUCGGUAAACGCCAUUGUGUUCAACGGGCUCGCGGGAAUCGGCGUGGGCGCUCCACUUAUUCUGCUCAUCGUCGGCGUUCAACUGUCCACGCCGCACCACCUGAUCGCCACCGCCACCGCCGUUCUGAUUUCGAGCCGCGCUGUGGCGGGUACGGUCUUUAUGGCCAUUUACACUGCCACCGUGAGCAGCGCAGCCAGCACCAAGCUCCCCAAGUCUGUUGCCACCGCCGCGAUUGCUGCCGGUCUUUCGCCUGAAUACGCGACCGAGUUUGUCGGCGACAUGUUGACCUCCAACGCUACGGCGCUCCAGUCGAUUCCUGGUGUCACACCCGCCAUCAUCCAGGCGGGAACCGCCGGCCUUUUGCAGGGCUACGCAGACUCUUAUCGCCUGGUCUUUAUCAUCGCGGCGCCGUUUGGUGCCGUGGCCUGCCUGUUCAUCUACUUCGUCGAGGAUAUGUCGGCCCUAAUGACCUACCGCGUCGAUGCGCCAGUGGAGGAGCUUCACGCUAGGCACCACGCUCACGAGGAGGAGAAGGCGUAA